GAAGAAGAACUUCAUUUUGGUUUUUGGUUUAUAUUUACAUAGGUAAGAUCAUUGCAACGAAAAUUCGUGAAUAUUGAAAGUAUUUGCAUGUCGGCUCUCGUCUUAAGUCGAAACAUAAAGAAAUGAAUUUGCUACCAAAAUCAAAAGAAGAAUUUAGUCAAAAAGACUAUUGGGAUACCUUUUUCCGUAAAAGAGGUGCUAAAGCCUUUGAAUGGUAUGGUGAAUAUCCUGAGUUAUCCGAAUAUCUGCAUAAAUACAUUAAAAAACAAGAUGAAGUUCUCAUAAUAGGUUGUGGAAAUUCUAGUUUGGGACGAGAUUUAUUUGAUAUUGGAUAUGACAAAAUAACAAAUAUUGAUAUAUCUCCUGUAGUCAUCAGACAAAUGUUAUCUCAACAAGAAAAAGAGCGGGUGAAUUUGAAAUACAUACAAAUGGAUGCUUUGAACAUGUCUUUCACGAAUGAUGAGUUCACUGUUGUUUUGGAUAAAGGUACAUUAGAUGCAAUAGCACCCGAUGAUUCAGAGGCAACUUUAUUAAAAGUAAAAAGCUACUUUGAUGAGAUCAACAGGGUACUCCGAAUAAGAGGUCGCUAUAUUUGCAUAUCACUAUUACAGGAGCACAUCUUGAGAUCUAUUUUAGAUUUUUUUCCAAAAAACAAUUUUAUGUUCAGAGUUGUGAGGUGUUUUGAGGCAGAACAAAAAGCCAGUGAGAGUGGAGAGAAUACUAUGCCAGUAUUCAUGAUAAUUUGUACUAAAUUCAAAGACUUGCCCAGUAAGGUGUUGGAGGUGAACUUGAGUGCAUCAGAAAAAAUGCAGCGCUCUGAGACUGAAGAGAAUGUGAUUGCACAAGUACUGAAUUCCCAAAAUGCUGCUCUAAUUUGUUCUGGUCUGAAACGAUCUUCGAUAGCAGAAGAAAACGAAGUCGUUUUAGAUUUGUUUGAACAAGGGGUAGAGAUUCCAAGAUUUACUGUAUAUGUUGUCGAUGUUCCUCCAAAAAAGAAAAAUUCCCAAUACGCUGGUUUUAUCGUGCCUGAAGGGAGAGAAGCCGAAUGGUUAUUUUCUACAAAAGCUGGAAGAAAAAAAUUAGUUGAUGUUACACAAUUCAACAGAUUGGCAAUCAUAACCUUACAUAGGGAGCACAAAUAUGAAUCUUUUGAAGCAGUUCAGAAGGAGUUAUCUGAUACAGUAUGUAACUUGGCCCCAUCCCAUUUGAAAAAUAAAAAGAUAGCGUUUCUAUCCCUUGGAUCUGAUGUGGGUCAUCGAAUAAUAAGACACAAAGGCCAUUCGGAGAUCUCAGGAGAUUACGUAAUAGAAGAUGUUUUGACAGAAAAUGAAGAAAAAUAUAGAAGAUUAUUUUUCAUGAGUUCUCAGCUAGUUAUUCAAUCGGAAGCCAAAUUGAGAGCUAUUAAAUCUAGAAGAGGAGCCGUAAAGGAAGUUAUUGAUUUGAUGUAUCUCACUUGCAGACAUCAUAUUUACAUGAGCCUGGCAACGUAUGUAGCAUGUAAGAAUAGACACAAAGCUUCGGUAGCUGUAGUAGGACUUGGUGGAGGUGGAUUGUGUUCAUUUCUGCACAAAUUUCUGCCUAAAAGUUGUAUCCUUGGCAUUGAUAUAGACAAGGAUAUGCUGAAUAUAGCUACCAACUGGUUCGGUUUCAAACAGGACGACAAACUCAAGGCUAAAAUUCAAGACGGAAUAGAGUAUCUGAAAGAAACUGCUGAAAAAGGUGAAAAAUUGGAUGCACUUUUGUUUGAUGCCGACAGUAAAGAUUCAUCAAUUGGCUUGAGCUGUCCCCCAAAACAAUUCCUGGAUGAAAGUGUUUUAAAAAAUGUUGUUGAAAUAUUAGGAACCACAGGAUUAUUCAUUGUGAAUGUGGUUCUUAGAGAUCAGUCAAUGAGGCCAGAACUAUUGAAUAAUAUAAAGAAACAUUUUGAAGCUAUCCUCUCUUACAAGCUGCAAGACGAUCUGAAUGAAAUUUUCAUCUGCAGUAAGAGCAAGAUAAAAAUGGACACUUUGAAAGAUGGUUGCAGAGAACUGAAUAACUUUUUCAGAAAACAUAACAUCAGUGAAAAUAGUGUAGAUUUAGAUAUGUUCAUGACCCGUCUGGUCAGUCAAUCAAUAUUGAUUUGACACAGCUAGUUUAUGAAAAUAAAUUCGAUUAUCUAUUAAUUUGAUGAUCUCAAAAUGUAUAUAAUUCUAACAAAAAUUAAAUAAAAAAAAAUUGUUUAUCCAUAAGACAA